CACGUCUCAGACGCGACUACAGAAAUCCUAAAAUUAUGUUCGGGUUACAUCCUAGGUUUUUGCGUUUCUUGUUUAAACAUUUUACUGAAAUGAACCACACUGCGGACUUAAAUGCAACGGCGAUAGAGACGAUUAAAACUGAAAAAAAAAGGAAGUAAUAAAAAAAAUAUACCGACUUCAAACUACAAAAAAUACUUUCUGAAUAAUAAUUGAACUUGCUAUUCAGAUAAUUAUUAGUUCUUACUUUCUCAAGUUUGACGUUAGUUCUAUUAUUUUUUUUUUAUUAGUACUUAUAUCUCUAAAAAUAUUAAAUAUCUAUGUAAAAAGCGAUAAAGAUACUUAUUUAUACAGGUCAAACUGAGAACAUCCUUUUUUUUAAGAUGGUUAUUUUUUUUUUCUCUUCUUCGUGCAGAGUCUCUUCUACGAGAUAUUAGCGGGUGUGUGGGUGCGCAACGGGCUGCAGAUCAAGGGUCAGGCUAUGACCUACAUCCAGGCCAACUUCUGCAACUCUAUGGUUGAUAUGGACAUCUAUUGGCUGCAGAUAUGCGCCGCCCACUUGCCCGCCGAUCAGUUCAUCGAUAUGUGCAUCGACAUGUUUGGUGUCCGUGAAUGGCUGAGCAUGCUGCCCAUGACUCCUGCGCAGGCCGCUGAGCAGGAUGCCAUGGUGGACGGUCUGCUAACCUUCCUUGCUAUACUUGUCUCUUCGCGGACCAACCUCGGCAACGAUGAACUGACCCAGUCCCGGCUGGAGGUGAGCACGCUGCUCGCCGCCGGUGACAAGACUCACUCGCAGCUGCUCGAGCUGAUGCCCGAGCGAUCAGGCAACGCGCACACCAGGAACUUCGAGACCGUACUCAAGGAGGUAACCACUAAUGCACACACGCGUUUAUGACUGCAGCAGGAUUAUGUCUAAAUAACAGGCGUUUAUUUACUUCGGCAAUUGUGAUCUCAAAUUUAGAUAAAUCUAAUUGAAGGAAAUGAUAAAAUAUUUCAAUGUGAAUUUUUAAAUUUUCUGUUGGCUGGAUAUAAAUAUACUGCAAUUCUUUUCUUAAAGUCUAAUAAAUAGUAACAAUAAGGACAAAUGAUGUACCUACUCCACCUCAUAUUAAAUAGAAUUCUACUUAUAGAAAUCGAGACAAACUCGGUUUUUUUCUUUGAAUGUUUUUUAUUAUAACUGAUUAAAGAAUACGAAAGUGAGUAGAGUUUUGAAUGACAACAGGUGUCUACGUAUCGACCGCCGCCUAAAGGCUCGGAGAACUUGGAGCAGGGUCUGUUCGUACCGAAACCUAUAGUUUGGGAACAGUACUAUGAUCCACUGCACGUGCUCAGGCGAGCUGUACACCGCAGGGACUUUCACUCUUCUAUGGACAGAUUCACGUCUUAGUGAGUAAAUUUUUUUCUGCCAUCAAUCCGCCACUUCUUGACGGGUGGAUUUAUUAAUAUAAUGUUCUAAGCAACUUGUCUCUCCGGAGUUUUCUAUCACUUUAUAGUACGGAACCCGCUGCUAAAUCUGCAGUUAUCUGUUUUUUGAUGAAACUUAUUUUUUAUUAUAGAUCUAAGAUAGCAGAAUGGAUUGCAACAGGGUUGCCUGGUAUAAUUUAGCCGCUAUUAUUUUUCAUAAUUUUUUGUAAUCACAUUUUGUUGAUAAAUUGCAGUCAUAUAUUUUUUCAGUGGACUCCAUAUCAUUUGAAAGAGAAUAAUGGGAGGAAUUGAAAUAACCAUGGUUGCCAGUUCUCACCCGCAAUCCAUGGUUUGCUAGGUGUAAACAAUAUCUUACUUCCUUGUUCUUCAUACAUAAGAAGUUUCAUCAAAAAACAGAUAACUUUAAUAACAGAUUUAAAAAGUGGGAUUCAGAAAUGCUUUGCGUUCUUUUUAUGAAGGUGUUUACUCGGAGAACAUUUUCUGUACUGAAUAUUUCUGAAAUUAAUUAUAAAAUAAGUUUAAACUUUGAUUUGAUUUUUUCAACGUGAUAAGUUUUUUGAUAUAUUAUUUGAAUUUAAAUCAAGGAACUUACAGUAGUUUAUCAAACAGAGUAGAUCAAGGAAUCUAUAUUUUAUGAUUUUUUUUUCAAAUACAAUAAUUUUGUAUGAUAAUACACUCACGGGCACAAUUAACCCACCUGUAUCAUUCAUCAUCCUGUUUACGUGGAAAAGGUUCUUCAAGGUUUUUAAAAAUAGUUUUUUGGUCCUUUAAUAAUUGACAUUUUUCCAAUAUUUUUGUUGUUUAUUUUUCUUUGAGUAUAGUUUUUAACGUUCCUUUCAUAAAAUAUGAUCUAAGUUUGGAGAUUUUUGUGAAUUGAAGGAAAUUGAAAAUGUGUAUAUGAAAAAAAAGGUGAAUUGUGUAUAUGAAAAAAAAAAUGAUCUAUUAUAUUAUUAAAUAUUUAAUUAUUAAUAUUUUUUAAAUAUAUAUUAGUGAAACAAAAUCAUUGACUUUAAUUUUUGUAUGUGCAAAUGUUAAAGUCAAAACGAUAUCGUCUGACGAUAAAAUUUAUGUUGGUCUAAAAUUGUAAAACUAUCUUGUGAAAAUAUUUUCGCAAAUGAAGAUUAUUAUAUUGAAUUCUUGAAAUUUGUGAUUAUUUUAUUGAAACCGCAUAGCGUCCGCGAGAAGCAGAAAGCGUCGGGGGAAACGUCGCCAUCGCCGGUGGGUGACACAGGGUCGGCAGCGGGCGCGGGCGCGGGGGCGGCGACGCCGGCGGGCGGGGGCAACCUGUGGCCGCCGCUGCGACUCCCCGCCCCCGCGCCCGCCGCCGCCGGGGACCCGCGCGCUCUCUGCGCUUCCGGUGCGUAUCUUAAAGUUUCUACUGAGCUACUCGGGCCCGUUUCAAUAGUAUCGUAGAUGUGUGACGUAACGACCGUCGUGUGGCAGGCGUGCUGCACGGCGCGCUGCUGUGCGUGCUGCACCGCGGCGUGCACCGGCGCGGCGCGGAGGGCGGGUGCGCGCCGCACGCGCCGCCCGACCACGUGCUGGCGCUGGCCGUGUACCUGCUGCGGGUGGCCGCGCAGCUCGACGCGGAGCGCGCGCCCAGGCGCCCGGUCAGUACCACCUGCCUUCGC